CCAAAGUAGGCGGGACUAUCCAUAUACACAUCUCUAGGAAGAAAAGAAAAGUACUGGUAUAUUUGCUUUAUACUUUUGCCCAUCUCAGAGCAGCCUGGGUUGAUUUCAGUGAAGAAGGUACUGUUUCUGUGCUCCAUAAACCAAACCAUGUGCAAACUUACAAGAACCUGGAUCAGGUAAGUGACUUUACCUUAAAUUUUAUUGCUGAAAAAAACAAUCUAACUAUGGGGAAGGAGUAAACUUGAGCCAUAUGGCUCUGACACAAAGUGCUGUUGUGUCGCAUGCUGGUGGUAGAGAGAAACUCGGCCCCAAGCUAUAAGAGAGAUUGGAGGGGGGGGGUUGAACUGGAAACAUUUCUCACUACAAGGGAGAAAAUCUAGGAAGACUGUGAACAAAUAAGGCCCAAUAGGCUGUUGAUGAUAGAGCUAUUUCUCUGGAUACAUUUUUUUACAAGCACAGCGGAUCUUCCUUUUGGUUUAUGCCCUCUGUUUCAUUGAUGAAAACCUCAUCUUCAUCAUAGACGCUCUAGGUUUUCCUUUAAAUGUUUUUUAAAAUAAUUAAUUAUUAAUAUGCAAGGUGGGCAGAGAAAAUAGAUUAUGGUUACUACCUAGUUCCAGCUAGUUACCGGAAUUCUUACAAAGAUGAAAAGAGCUGGAUCUGACUGGAUGCCACAAAGCAUUUCUUUCACAUUUUAAGCAAAAUGCAUUCACAUGAUUCAGUGUGUGUUAACUAUGAAAAUAUAUUGUGUAUGCACACAUAUUAUUUGAAAAUUAAAAACAUGUCAUUGAGAUUCUAGUGGUAGGAAAAGUAGAACACACAACCAACCAAGUAGAACAUAUAACCAGAAUGGGGUGUAGGGCAGAGCUUUCCAAACUUUUCAUGUUGGUGACACAGUGAUUCAGUUUUACUAGCAAACCGGAGGUUAAGCUAACCCCUUUCCAACCCUGAGAGGAGCGCAGAGAGCAUUCAUUAGACACACAUACACACAGCAGUCGACACACUAACAUGUUGUGACACACAGUUUGUAAAGCUCUGGUGCGGGGUGUUUUCUACAAAAGAAUUGGUUCUCUCAUUAAAAAGAGUUUUACAGGGCACAGUAGGAGAUCUUAUUGCUGUUUCCUCCUGAUUUCUGCAACUUAUCCUUCCCUCAGCCUGUCUGUCAGUUAUUAUUUUUAUUCUGUUCUGUUUAAGGUAUUUGUACACGGAUUUUCAGACAGAACUCACAGGUUUACAUAAAAUUAUUGAAACAAUAAGCAUCGAACUGUUGUUGAAGAAGCUUCAUCUGCUCUUUAAGAAGAUCAUCAGAUGGCUUAUGUGAGAGGGAGGAGCCACAGCUAGGAGCUUGAUCAGGCAUAGGCAAACUCAGCCCUCCAGAUGUUUUGGGACUACAACUCCCAUCAUCCCUAGUUUAACAGGACCAGUGGUCAGGGAUGAUGGGAGUUGCAAUCCCAAAACAUCUGGAGGGCCAAGUCUGCCUAUGCCUGAGCUAGAUAGUGGUUGCUCAGCAAGCUAUUUCUCCUCUUCUCUAACAAAAUGGCUAGCGAUUUAGAGCGCAAUCCUAUACAGUGGUACCUCAGGUUAAGAACUUAAUUCGUUCUGGAGGUCUGUUCUUAACCUGAAACUGUUCUUAACCUGAGGUACCACUUAAGCUAAUGGGAUCUACCAUUGCUGCCGUGCCACCACCGCACGAUUUCUGUUCUCAUCCUGAAGCAAAGUUCUUAAACCGAGGUACUAUUUCUGGGUUAGCGGAGUCUGUAACCUGAAGCGUCUGUAACCUGAAGCGUCUGUAACCCGAGGUACCACUGUAUACAUGUCCAGUAAUUUUGUGUGAGAGAGUCAGUACUCAUUGGUAAGGAAUACCAUCACCUCUCUCUCUCUCUCUCUCUCUCUCUCUUGCUGUCCGUGGGAGCCAUUUUGUGCUGGCACCCACAACACUUUUUAUGAAGAUAUGAGUACUGCAUUAGUAGUGGAUUUACAGUGGACAGUGUGCACAUCGUCACACUUUUCAAGUUGUUUUGUGAUGCUUCUUCAAUGCUGUGGCAUCAUUGCUGUCAGGAGGGGCACUAUGGCACAAGAAAAGCAGGAGUGGGGAGACCCCAGAACACUGGUGAUAUGAAAAAUUACAAGAUUUAUUUUUUUACAGAAAACUAUUGUACACCAAGCAGUGUGACUGCCCCCACAACUUGUGCAGAUGCAAAUGGCAUGAUUGCAUAUAACUGCCCCAGCAACAUAAUGACCCCAAAUCACGAUGGGUGCUCAAUAAAAGGGACAUCUGGAAAUCUGAAGACUGCUACAGCAGCAGAGAAAGAUGGUUCACUAUGAAGUCAUAUAGUCCUGGUACACUGGGAAACUAAAGUUGACAUAGCGUAUCUUGAAUGCUAUGUUUGACUGGAGAAAGAGAGGCAAUAUUUUUAUUUUUAUUUAUUUACUUACCAUGCUUAUAUCUUGCCCUUCCUCCAACGAAAGCACAGAGCAUAGAAAAUACAGUAGGAAUUAGAGCUGAGGGAGAAAUUUGAUUCAGUUCAUGUUUCAAGGUGAAACUAUAUUAUUUGCAGUUUCCAGACCAAACCACAGCUGUGAUUCAAAAUUUACACUUCUCCGAUUUUUGCAGCCAAGCAAUAUGUGUAUAAUAGCUAUGCAUAUAGUUGUUAAAAUAACAUACAAAAAUGCAUGAUAUUGCAAAAAAAAGCUUUGCAAAAUAUAAAUAUGAGACAAAAAUGCACACAAAAAUGUGUAUAUUAGGAUAGAUUUACACUGAAUGAUUAUGCAUUUUCAUGACAACUUAAAAUAAGCCAACGGAUGUAUAAAGGUGGAGAAUUGAAUUUAAGCCUGGAAAAAUGAGAGACAAAUUUACAUAUUUGCCCAUUCCUAGUUUAAUCAUGUGCUCUGCCACUGAGCUGAUGUCCUUAUCCCACAGUCAUGCAAUCUGCAAAGGAGCCCUGGGAAGACACAGAAGCACAACCUCUCAUGCUGUCUUCUUUGUUUUCGUUUUAUGGUUUUGCUACCCCAGGCAGCUUGUCUUGGGCCAGCCCUGGGUGCAAUUCUUUCCCAGGCAGAAAACCUAACUUGAGGCUAUUAUCAUUCUCUCAGAUGCUUUCCCAACUCUGUUUCAGAAAGCAAAUCGAAAUAUGCACACUUAACUUUUAUUUAAACAGGCAAACAAAACUGCUUAUUGAAAUGUGAGAUUAGGGUGCUAAUAUUUCAGUUACAGAUGAUUCAGAGCCAAUGCACACAAUCCUUGCACAAUGCACAAACCCUUAAGAAACAACUUAAAUGCAAUUCAAGCACAAAAAGUGUGUUCAGCUGAACAGUUCACCCCAGGCACGAGACACAGUUUUGUAUAACUACAAAUCUUCAUCCUCCAACAAACGUCUUAUCUUCACUACAGCACAACACAAUGUUCAGGACCAUGGUGUACUGUACCCUGUGUAUCUAUCUAUCUAUCUAUCUAUCUAUCUAUCUAUUUAUAAUCUUAAAAAUAAAGUUUUUUAUUCAACUAACUGCUACUCAGAGUAGACACAUUGAAAUUAACUUCAUGGGUCCACUGCGUAGGACUGGCAUUGGAUACAAUUGAAAAAUUAUGCAACUUAUUGAAGGUUGCAGGGGCUGAUGGGAGUUGUAGUUUGAAACAUCUGAAAGGUGCUAAGUGGGUGAAGGCAACCUUAAAGACUAGCAUAUGUAUCAUGACAUAAGCAUUUGUAGACUAAAGUCCACUUCAUCCAAUACAGAAUUUUCAGGUGCAUGGAACUUGCUGCCUGUAGAAAAACCCAAAACACAUACGGGUGGGGACUAGAAAGGCCUGGAACUUUCUUGCUAAUGCAAAUUGGGGCUGUUAGCAUAGGACAAAAAUCCAUCGUCUUUGACUGUGUGUAAACAGGGGUUCCCUUCUCUGAGUGUGACCUUCUGCUUACAGAAAGUGCAUGAAAAGAAACCCAACCUAAGCCUGCUUGACAUUUGCUCUAAGUCCUGUCAUCUUAACUUAAACUUGUGCCCAUUGCAUAAAAUGCAAUUUUUUAAAAAAAUCAAAAGCCCAGAUUAUUAGGCUGAUGUUUUUCCUUCCCUGCAGGAAAUGGAAUCUUUCAUGUAACAGCCAGCUGCGAAGACUCUGGGUUUCCCUUUUGCUCCUCCUCCUCCUCUGUCUCAUAUUCCAAGUCGUAGAGAGGUUCCAAUGUAUCAGGUAGGCUCACUGGGUGCUGCACAGGAUAGCAAAUACUGUAUAUAUUUUUUCCAGGAAUACAGACAUGGAGCUGCCCAGAUACUAAUGCUUGCUUGCUUGCUUCAAUCGGCCACCAGUUCAGUUUCAUUGGUGGCACCAUCAGUGCUGGUUGGAUAACUCCCUUCCAGUGAAGAGAGCAACUUCAGUCUAAAGGUGUCAUUUUUGUCAGGAACACAGCAGGGGAGUAAAUGGUUUACUCUCCCCCAACCCUGUUGCAAAUUUAAAAGCUUAUGCAAUAAUAAAUUGGUUAGUCUUUCACUUGCCACAAGAACUUUUAUCAGAAUAAAUGUAGACAUUAAAAUACCUGUCAUUAUACAAAAUUAGAGUAGUGUCAGUGUAUGAGAGAGGGAGGAUGCCUUAGCUCUUGUCAAAAAUUGAUAUCCAGGAAGAAAUUUAAAUGUUCAGGGAAAAUUGCAUUGGUGACAUCUGAAAAAAAGAAUUAUUUUAAAUAAAUUACAUUGCCUUAAUUUAGAGGGGCCAUGGAUUUUGCAGUUGUAUGGUGGGGAAAGUCCCUACUGAACGUAAGAGUUGGCACAGAAUUACUGCAAUGGGUUAUACAUAGGGCUACCUCUGAAGACAAACAGGCUCGGAAACUGCUGGUGCAGAAUUCAGCAGCCAGGUUGCUCACUAGAGCAAGACGGUUUGAGCAUAUUACACUGAUCCUGGUCCAACUGCACUGGCUACCAAUUAGUUUCUGGGCCCAGUUCAAAGUUUUGACCUAUAAAGCCUUAAAUGGCUCAGGACCGCAAUACCUCAAGGACCACCUCUUUCCAUAUGAACCUUCCCAGACCCUGAGAUCAUCUUCUGAGCCCCUUAUUUGUGUGCCUCCUCCUCGAGAGGCAGGAGGGUGGCAACACGAGAACAGGCCUUCUCUGCAGUGGCUCCCCAUCUGUGGAAUGCUCUCCCCAGGGAAGUUUGCCUAGAGCCUUCAUUAUACACCUUGAGGCACCAGGCAAAAACGUUCCUUUUUAACCAGCCCUUUGGUUGACCUGAUCAACAUCCUAUACCCUUUUAAAUGUGGCUCUUUGGGGGGCAGUAUUAUUGGCUUAUUGUUUUUAUUUUAUAUAUUGUGAUCUUUUUUGUGAACCGUCCUGAGACCUCUGGGUAUAGGACGGCAUAUAAAUUCAAUUAAUAAUAAUAAUAAUAAUAAUAAUAAUAAUAAUAGAAUUUCAGUGGGAAAUGCCAGCAAUUAUUCAAAAUCACGCCCAGAUGUGGGUAGCAAAUGGGAAGGGAAGUGAGCCAUCAGGAGCAUAGUCCAGUGUCCCAGAGCUCCCGUGCAGUGGCAAUGCUGGCCAUCCUUUAGCUCCUUGUUCCUGCUCACAAUCUUGUUUUGCCUGUACACUGAGACUCUUCACACCCAGCAACUCACAAGCCCAAAGCACACAGGGUGCUUCCUUUAAAAGAAAACAACCAAGUUUCACAGAUCAUUUACAAAAUGCAAAUAGCAGCCAUGAGUGGUGGAGGUGGGGGAGACAUCAGGUAUAGAUAGGACCAUGGGAAAAGGUAGUUUAAUCCUUCUUCUCCCACCUCACCAUCCAGCUGCCAUAGUGCUGACUUAACGCCCCCCGCCCAAGCUGCUAUUUGCAUUGGGAGGGCAGCAUCCUGUGUAUCUUGGUUCACAGCCAGUGGACAUAAACAUUUGUAUGUCAAGGAAAGCUGGAGAAGCUGUCUAGAUUUGUUUAUAAUAGGGGUGGGUGAUGCAAGAGAAGGAUGGCAGAUGAUGGGACCAAAGGGUUCUGUCUAUAUGGGGAGAAUUAUAAUGUUACUGUGUGUACAUACAGUAACAACCAUGCUAUUUUAUUUUUAGAUUUAAAGAAUGAAACACUUACCUGCAGUAGUGACAUUAGAGUCCAUGUAGAAAGGAAAUGCAUGUGAAUUGGGUGGAGUGGAAGGGAUCCAGGGAAAGCAAGCAAAAGAAAGUGGUUUUUGGAAAGUGGACACAGAGGGCAGGAGAUGUCAUUUUCAACCCCGUCUGAAGGAUCUGGUGUUUUUUCCAUAGCAAUUGUAGAUGCGAUUUCAAACAGAAUCAGCUUCCCCUUGAAGAAAACAGAGCCAGUGAGAAUUCCAUCCAGGUUCAAAGGAGCCCAACUUAUGCUCAACUUCUGCAGAAAAGCACCGCACAAAAGAGGGAGCCCAGGCCCAACCCUGCAGAGAAAAAGAGGCUAGCCACAAAACUGAACAUAGCCUUCAACAAAACCAAACUGCUGGCUGCCAGCUUCGGCAGCGAAGAAGAGUUCUGGCAAAACCCAUUUGUGGAGGGUGAUGAGAGGGUGCAGGCUCAGCAUACAGCAAACAGGCUGAGGGACUGGUGGAAACACAGCACCCCAAAAAAUCCCAGAGGAGACCAAGUAGUGGUGAACUUUGCUGAUGAUCAGACAUCUGCUGCUGCAACAAAGGAUGGAAGUUCCCUGAUCAAGGUGGCAGAACCCACAACAAGGAUUUCUGCAGGGGAUCAAACAGCACAUGUCAAAGACCCAGAAAGACGCCCCUUUCCGAAGCACACAACAAUUACUCAACCAGAGGCCUUCAGUGCUGAAGGAGACAGAAGAACAGUUGGGAUGGCAUCAGCAAAACCACCAACCAUGAAACUACCUCCACCAGAAAACAAUAUUCUUCCCAAAGUUGGAACAGCAAAGGAGGGAGGGAGCACUUCCAGCCCCUCUCAAGGUUCAACAUGCAUGCCCAAGACCCACGUUGUUUUCCUCAAAGUGCACAAGAGUGCCAGCAGCACCGUCAUGAACAUCUUGUUUCGCUUUGGCGAUACUCGCAACCUUUCCUUUGCCAUGCCAAGCAAUGGUGCCACUCAAUUGUUCUAUCCUCAUUAUUUCACGGCAGCAGCUGUGCAGGGGUUUUCUCCCAAAAAAGACCCCCAGUUCCACAUCAUGUGUCAUCAUAUGAGGUUCUUUCAACCAGAGGUAAGAGCUGAGCAGCUUUUUUUCUCUAAAAUUAUGGGUAGGAAACCUUGGGCCAGUCACACUUCUUUGAAGUCUCUCAGCCCCACUCACCUCACAGAGUGUUUGUUGUGGGGGAGGAAGGGAAAGGAGAAUGUUAGCCGCUUUGAGACUCCUUAAAGGGAGUGAAAGGCGGGAUAUCAAAUCCAAACUCCUCUUCUUCUUCUUCUUCUUCUUCUUCUUCUUCUUCUUCUUCUUUCUAGAGGUGGCCAUCAUUGCAAUGUAAAAUGGUAAAGGCCAUCCGUCUCUGUUAGAAAAGACUGGUGAUAAGGUAACAAGAUCAUACUGAGUCCCAUGCUGUUUACAGGAGGGAACAACAAGGUGAAAUACGCAGGCAUCUGUAGGAUAGGAGGCAAAUUCCUUAGAGCAGGGGUGGGCAGAAGGUAGAUCAGGAUACAAUGGAAAAUGUCUGGGUGCUUUGUAGUAGGCUGGCAAGGAUUUUCGAAUCCUAGUUGUUCCACAACAGCAACAACAAAAUGACACACACCCCUCUGAUCUAGUGGCAUAUUUUGAAGUGCAGAAGCUCAUCAUUGACAGCCCUGAUAUUCACAGCUGCAAGGAGAGUUUGAAAUGCAUAAAUCACACCCACACAUCAUAGUUCUGACUGCAUAGGUUCAACAUGGAGUUUAUGGGGUGUUAGGUGAGGGGUAGUACCUCUGGUAAGGGAAAAGUUGUGUUCCUUCUGGGGUAGGUUGUACACCUUUGGUCCCCACUGUAAUGGAUUUAGGGGUUGCUCGUGCGUAAGUUGCCACCACUGCUGGCGAGGUUACCUGGUUAAACCCUUUCUGACUGAACAGCCUCCAGCAUCGUGACUGUCUCAGUCGCUGGCAGAAUCCGUCAGUGGGCGUUUCUUGAACCUUUUCCAGCAUAAAAGUUGUUUGACGCCCAGUCUCCUCCUACUCUCCCUGCGCGGAAGUCUUCUGCGCAGGGAGGGUGUGGGCAGCGGAGUACCCGUACUCUCUCCGCUGGUCUCCGGCGAGGAGUCUUGGAGCCUCCUCUCCAAUCCCAUCUGCCCCCCUUCUCCACUGGUGUUACGCUGAUUUCCUUCCCCAGCAGAUGGGCUGCCUCUCUCCCUACUGGGACCCUCUCCUGCAUCCCUCUGGAGCCUUCCCUCCGCCUCUAGCUCCGAUGGCAGUUCCCUGACACCCACCUUGCACUCAGCUCUCACCUGUGACUCCUAGAAGCUGUCAACACCCUGGGAAUGGCCUUGACUGGCAAGCUUAGCCAGUCAAAGAUAGUCGAUGGGCCUCAAACCCUUGGUGAGUUAGGGACCGCAUGUAAAGACAGGCUCUGGCGGGUUGAGCGGACAAGACCAAUAGUUGGUUCAAAGGGUCAGGAAGGCAGUUUCCGCACAUGCUGAAGGGGCUUGUCAUCCUGUCAAGGUAGCCUAUCUAAGAGAAGGAAAACUCUGGUCCUAAAUCUCCGCUGUCUUGCAAGAUAUCUUCAGGAGAAUAAAAGGCUAAGGAGUAACCCUAUACAAAUCUGGAGUGGCAUCUCUAAAAAGGUUGAAUGGUACCAUGUAGUCCUCCUUCCCGAAACUCCUGCAGCCAAGCUGGUGCCAAACAAAUUGCUCUGCUUUCUUUUGGACCACAUCAGGGAGGCCAAGAGUGGGGAUCUUGUUGUCUGGGCAGCCCAGGACCUCCUUACACACUGCCCAAGCUUGCGCCCCAGGGAGGUCACUUUGGUGUUGCUAACACAGCAUUUUAACUUCACCCCCGAAGGAACACUCCAUUGUCUCUCGAGACAGACGGAUGCCAACAAUUAGGUUCAACUUGUAAAACACAUUGAGCUCGCUCAAAUGCAACCUUCAACUUUUAAUUGGAAGCACAAUCAAUCUUGCAAGAAGUUGUUACCAUUUAAACUGCUAGCAAGAAGAACUCUGGGCCCCUCCAGACAUGCUUUUUAUUGCACAUUCUUGAUGAUUUGUGUUCAUGAUGCUAUUGGAACAGUCACAUGCAAUCCUGUUUUCAGUACUGUUUAUUAUUUUAUUUUCAUUCUUCAUUGUUCAUUUAAUUUCUAUACCACUUUAUAUUUUUAAGCGGGAAAAUCUCAAAGUGGUUUACAGCCUACAUUAAAUAAAAAAAUCCAGAAAAACAUAUUACAGGAAAAAGUCAAAUAUUAAGUAUACAUUCAAAGCAACAUCAUUAACAGGAAACAACAAUAUUGAAAGAUUUCAAAAUAAAACAUUACAAAUGAGGUCAAGUCCCUAUGAUGUCUGAGCAUGGAGAGUGGCUUGUUUAUUAACUUUAUUAGUCAGCACAAGUCAGCAUCUGAGAAAACAGUUUGUUUAAUUUGUGGGAAUCAAACAACAGUUUCUGAGUUCAGGUAUCAUAAGGGGAAAUGUGGUUAGUGUAAAACUGGGAACAGACAACCUUGGUUUCCUCUUCUGGUGCACAAAAGAGAGGGGAAAGGGAAGUAUGCAAGCCUGAUGUUCAGUGGAGCUUGUUCACAUUGUAGCAGGGAGUCAGUUUUCUGUUAUGGCUAAAUCAGGCAAAUAUAGUCUUUGUUUCCCUUGUAGGGAUCAGUAGGUCAGCUGGGCAUGGGUACUGCCAUUAUAUGCUGAAUACCAGGAGUACAUAUCCUCCAAGGGCCACACUCCCGCACGAGAUCACAUCUCCGGAAAAAGCACCUUUUGGGGGCCAAGAUUGCAUGAGAUUGUGGCACCCAAAAUGGCUGCCACGCUCUGACAUGAAAAAAACAGGAUGUCCCCAUUUUAUCAGAACAGUUGAGGGCAUGGCUCCCCCCCCCCCCCAGCCGGAACUCACCGGAACUCAGUUCUGGCACCUCUCAGGUGGGCACCAUUGCCUUUAUAAGAAAACAAGGAAGGCAUUCAUGGUGAGUUCCAACACCUCUUUUUCUAGAAAAAUGACACUGGUUUGAGGGGUAUGAGAGUAGACAAUGUAGUGCCCUCCAGAUGCCACAAGACUAAAACUCCCAUAAUCCCUGACCAUUUGCUAUGCUGGCUGGGGCUUCUGUUGUUUGUUCCUGCAAAGGUGUCAGGGUGGUCGCACUGCUUCAUUUCCAGUGUGCUUAUCCUGCAACCUCCUGCUGAAACCCAACACAUUUUUAUACCACAACUAUUCUGGUUUACUUUUUUGUACUGCUUUUCUUGCACCGUAGCCCUUCCAAACAGCAAUCAUGUGGCAGCAUUGGGGAAGCUUCACAGAACAAGGUAAAGCAGAAUAAAUUCACCACUGAUGCAGUAUUAUUGUGUCAGGAUCAAUAAUAAGUUGCACAAUACACCACCAUUAAAGCAGCCUGGCAUAUGGGGACCAAGGAGCUGUGACAAAAGUUCAAUGAAAAACAUGAUUUGGAUUAUUUUUAAGAUUUUUUAAUAUGUUUCCUCUGCUUGCAAUCCCAGGUUACUCGAGUCAUGCCAAACACAAGCUUUUACUUUUCUAUCCUCCGGAAUCCCAUUCAUCUCAUGGAAUCAUCCUUCGCCUACUACAAAGGGUCCUCUGCCUUUGCCAAAGCCAAGAGCUUAGAGGAGUUUCUCAACGACACCUCCAAGUUUUACAGUGCCUCAACCAGUGAUAGCCAGUAUGCCAAAAACCUAAUGACUUUUGAUUUUGGCUAUAACCACAACGGGAACUUCUCCGCAAAGAAUGUCCAGCUCAUGUUGAGAGCCAUUGAGGCACAAUUUGACCUUCUCCUCAUCUCAGAGUACUUUGACGAAUCCAUGGUGCUGCUGAAGGAGGCCUUGUGCUGGGACCUGGAUGAUGUGGUCUCCUUCCCUCUCAACAGCAGAGACAACAGCACAAAGUCCCACCUUUCCAAAGACACCAUAGAGAAGAUAAAAAGCUGGAACAAGCUGGACUGGGAACUCUAUGUGCAUUUCAACAGGACCUUUUGGGAGAAGAUCGACAGGCAUAUGGGCAGGGAGCGCAUGCAGCAGGAAGUGAGGGCGCUGCAGCAGAAGCGGGAACAGCUGGCCAAGAUUUGCCUUCAAGAAGGUGGCAGCGUCGCCCCUAUGAAGAUCGCAGACCCAGCACUGGCCCCGCUGCAGUAUGGCAAAGCAAAAAUACUAGGCUAUAAUAUAAAGCCUGGGCUGGAUAGGGCAACAAGGCAGAUGUGCCAACAUCUAGUGACACCUGAGCUUCAGUAUAGUAGCCUCCUGUAUAGGAAACAGUUUCCCCAGAAAACUUUGACACCCAGAAACCCAGCUCACUUGCCAAAUCUAUACAACCGCAGGGCAGUUUGAGAACAAAUCUGUGAGACACGUAAGAACAAGGUUCUGAUCAUAGUCAACAUCAGGACUAAAGCAUGGUCAGCUGCAAAAUAUGAUAAUGUCUAGCACAAGUCACCUAUUACCAGGGCCUUUAAAAACGGUAUUUUGAUCCACAUGGGAAUCAAAAUCCACAUAGUCCUGUGCUGCCUCCCACCUUUCAUCUGUAAUACGGGAGUCCCUACAACUUCCCCUCUUCUAAAGAGCCAGUGUGGUGUUGUGGUUAGAGUACUAGACUAGGGCCUGGGAGACAAGGGUUCAAAUCCCCACUUAGGUGGUCUUGAGCCAAUCACUGUUUCUCGCUGUAACCUACCUCAAAGGGUUGUUUGGGGGGUUAAAUGGGGGGGGAGAGAACCAUGUCAGCCACCUUGAGCUCUUUUGAGAAAAAACUGGGCAAUCAAUCAAUCAAUCAAUCAGCAAGCUGACUGUAGGAAACCACUAUACAAAUGUAAAAAAAUGCAAAAUAAAAAUGUUAGAAGUAACCAAGCAAUAAUUAAUUCACAUUAAGUUGAACUGAACAAAAAUCUAUUUUAUUAGCAAUUGGCUUAUCACCAAACAUCAAGCACUGCCAAUAGGGAAGGAAUUUCUAAGAGAUAUAAAUAAUACCCCACCCCCAGCCCCAAAUCCUGACAACCAGCUUGAAAUUAAGUUUUGUGUGGGUCAGUACAUUAAAGGGUUUCUCAUCAUGUGUGGCCAACUCUACUCUGAUGACUACUUCCCCAUCUGCUAUUAGAGUAUUGGUUCUAUUUGACACUUUCAAUAUGACCACAAGGUCCUUUUAAACUAUCACAAUCAUGUCUCUUGGGGGGGGGGGAGAUAAAGCAGACACAACAUGGAAACGGACACUUUUCAAAGGCAAACUGAUUUCAAGGAGACAGAGUUAAGAAUGGAUUUCCAUAGAUAAUCAGGCUUACUCCCUCCAAAAAAUAUGCAAAGUAGGAUUGUCGUCUUACAGAACAAUCUUAACCAUGCUUCAUCAGAAGCAGAAAUGAGCCCUACUGAAUUCAGUGGGGCUUCUAGCCAAGUAUGUGGAGUUAGGAUUGCAGCCUUGGUGCUUAAUUUAGCUGGAUCAUACUUCUAACUUAAAACGAGGGCAAUCGGUUGGCAUUUAAGCAAUUGAACGAAUUGUUUACCUUACUCAUUGUUUACAGAGAGAGAUGUGCUUUCCCCAUUGCAAAUGACUUAAUUCAGAUCAGCUGAUAAGAACACAUUGUUAAGAGUUAUGCAAGGAAUAUAUUGAAUGACUGUGUAUUUAUUAUCCCUUAUGUACUCAAGGGUAGAGAAAGUGAGGGUGCAAAAGGAUACAGGGUAAGUUCAAGGUGCAACACAGGUGCAAGGGGCAAAUUCCAGAUGGAGUGUUGAUUGUGAAUCGGGGCUGUUCAUUGACACAAACUUUCAGCGUUGUCUAUGUGAUGUCGCCAUGCCUGUACUCUUCCCCCUGCCCAGAUUGAAUAUGGAUUUCCCUUUACCAUAAAAAGUCAGUAAGUCAAUAUUAGUUGACAAUACAAAAGAAAGAAAAAAGUUUGUAAUAUGCACUGGUA